AGUGUGAUCAUUCGAUAUAUUAGAGUAAAGAGGGCAGACAUUUUUGAGCUUUGUAGAUCAGGGAGGAAGUUAGGCUGAAGUUGGAGACAAUUUACCCACCUGGUGGAGUGAUACAAGAGACUUAACCUUAAAUUUCCAAGUUUUUUUUUUUUAAUCAAUUAUUUAAGAUAAUUGAAAAAAAAAAAAAGGUUUUCAAAGCCCACAAGAUACUUUUAAGUCCAAUAGUGUGUGUCUUUCAGUCAGUGGUGUUUUGGAAAAUCGGUAUCAGAGAUGUGCUCGGGUAGUUUUGCCAAGUGUCUGGGGAUCAGUCUGAUGCCUCUCGCGAUUGUUUGCGUUCUGUGCAACAUCCUGCUCUUCUUCCCGAGCGGUAAGCCUGUGGAGAGCGAAAACAUCACCGAGGAGGUCUGGUACUUUGGAGGCAUCCUGGGUUCUGGAGUGUUGAUGAUCUUCCCAGCACUGGUCUUCCUGGGUCUAAAGAACAACGACUGCUGCGGUUGCUGUGGCAAUGAAAGCUGUGGGCGGAGAUUUGCGAUGCUGAGCUCAAUACUGUUUGCAGCCGUUGGUGUUUUGGGAGCGGGUUACUCAGUCAUCGUCUCUGCCGUGGCCAUUAACCAUGGGCCAAAGUGUAAGAUUGUCAACGGCACAGAAAUGGUGUGGGACACUCCCUUCUCAAAUGGGGCCUACCUGUCUGAAAAAGACACUUGGUCUCAGUGUGUUGAGCCAGUUGGCGCGGUGUCCUGGCAUCUGUCUCUGUUCUCGGUGCUGCUGGUUAUGGGUUUAAUCCAGAUGGCACUGUGUGCAGUGCAGGUGGUGAAUGGCCUACUGGGAUGUCUGUGUGGUGACUGUGGCUGCUGUGGAGGGAAUGAUGGAGCCGUCUAGGCAUUCCCUGCAGUGAUGAGAGUCUGAAGGCGGAGGAUUUCCCUGCAUUUAUUCUAUUUCCAGAGGACGGCUGUUACCUCUUAUCUACUUUACACUGCAACUUGAGCUCAUUGAUUACCGUGUUUUCAAACAGCACUAGUGAAAUGACAGAGCUCUGAUUCAAAAGGUCUACUAUAUACUCUGUGAAAAAGACUCCGUUGGCUCAUUAUGCAACCUGCAUGUGCAUCUUCUGCCAAAUUAUAACUCUGUACACUGUGUAGUAGUGAUUUUGCAUCAAACUGUACACAAAGAUACAAGGAAGUGUAUAAAAGGAAGUGGGGGCAUAAUAGGACCAUGAUAUCAUUUCAAAUGUACUGUUUUUACAAAUUGAAAUAAAUUUAAUUAUAUUAA